AUGGAGACCCGUGUUGGCGUUCCUCUGACGCAGCGACUAAAGCAGCGGGGAGAUCCUGACGUAGCGGAGGGCAGUCGAGAUCUUUCUGCGAAGCCCCCGGAGCCACCGAGCCGGGCUCUCUUGAGAAGAUACGGCGGACUUCGGGGGGCUGUUCUGCUUGUCCUCUUGUUGCUCAUCUGCAUUUUGGGUGUGCUCGAGCUCGUGAAUCAGAAGUUCCGGUUCGAGCCCCUUUAUGCCAACUACGAGGAGGUGACGAAAUCUUGCAGCCCCACUUUUGACAUGCCGGAGGCUCUUCGAUUAGGUGGCAUCGUGUCCUACUUCACUCAGGAGGGCGGGUCUGUUGGGCUCAGCUCGCUGUGGCCGCGGAUUGCGAACGCGACCCGGGCCAACCACCAGGCUUUUGCGACUCUGGCAGGUGUGCCCUACAAGCAGAUCACGUGGGGGCAUCGGCGCUGUGGCAAGAUGAGGGCUGUUGCUGAAGCAUUGAAGUGUAUCCCUCCUGGUGCGUGGCUUUUCUUUAUUGAUGCCGACGCUGCCUUCCGGGCCCAGACUGAGCCGUGCACCGCCAGGGAUCCGCUGUCUCCGGCCCCGAUGCACUGUGAUGCCUUGCCCUGGCAUGAGAACGGAACCGACGGAAGAGGGUUGGGCACGGCCAGGUGUGCCACAGCUGUCAAGGCCAUGGUGUCAUUUCAUGCCACCAUCUUCCGUGACAGGCACAGGGACCCGAGCCUCCUGAACAUGUGGCCCUUCGGGCUGUUUGCAAUUCGCCACGAUGCAUUCGGCCUUGACUGGCUCGAGAGAGUCGCUAGCAGGCUGGAGUCGGAGCUGCUGCUUUGCUGUCUGAGCUCCAUCCCGGAGCGGAAAGCUGCUUACUGGGUUACCACGGACUCCGACAAGUGCAAGAUCUGGCCCAACGAUAAGCACUUUGCGAGGCAUUUCCUGCAUCUCACCAGCGGCACGGAUGAGAAUGUGAAGGAGAGCGAAGAUGCGACGGAAGCCUUUCUUGGGAUGGUUGAACAGGAGACUGCGAGACUUCGGGCUUUAGGCUCGGCUUGA